UCAUAAAAAUAACGCAUGGAGAAUGCUUGUGCUACCUUCCAGCUGGUUACCGUUCUGUAUAGUAAACACGUGACGGUUCACCUUCAAAGUGUUCUUACUGAAGGAAAAAUGGUGCCGGAGGAGUUUCAGUUGAACAACAAAUCCCAGAGCAUGGAGAGCAAAGAAUCAAAAGUAACAAUAGAUGAUGAUAGUUUGGAUGAAUCCGAUUGCAUGGACAGUGACGAUUCGGACAUGGCACCGGCACAAGUUGAUUCACCGGGAGAGUCGCAAGUUAUGGAAAACGAUGAAGCAGACGAAAGCUGCAUGUCCAGUGAGGAUGGGAAAGAAGAGGGUGGUGUCAGUUCUGGUUGGGCCGAUGCGAUGAAGAAAAUCCUGAGUGUUAAGAAACCGCCGAAGAAGAAAACGAUAGUCCUAGCCAAAGCCAAAAGGUUGUCCAUGAUGAAAUUAAAACAAGAAGAUGAGGAAGACCCCAAUAAAAAUGCCACAGAAAAUCUGACUGAAAAGAAGAAAGAGUGGACAUCCAGAGGAAGGGAAAAACCAAAUGUUUUACAAAAAGACAAGGAAAAGGCGCUUGCAAAAAUUGCUACCAGAGGGAUUGUUCAACUUUUCAAUGCAGUCAAAGACCACAAGAAAGCCAAUCCUAAUAAAGAGGAGGCCAGUUUGACUAAAAAGAGGCCCCUGGCUGACAUGAACAAGAAACAGUUCUUAAAAAUGCUCAUGGGCGAGCAAAAAGAUGAAAUCAAAGAUGAGGUUGAGGUUGCAGAAGACUUUGAGAUGAAAGAGGAAGAAGAAGAUCAAGAUGCAAACAAAUGGGAGGUGCUCAAAGAUAACUUUUUGAUGAGUACAAAGCUGAAAAACUGGGAUCAAACAGAAAACACUUCUAAGUGAAUGUGGGAGGUUGGCACAUUUGUAUAAAAUAUUUUUUAUUUGAAAAAUGUAUUAUAUUGUUAUUAAUAAAGUCUGCGUUUUUAAUUAAUUUAUGUAUAAAAAUAAUGUUUAAAAAGUUGCAUUGUGCUAUGCAUGUUAAACACAAUAAAGUUCUAUACAUUUUGUA